UAAUUUGGGGAUCAUAUUUUUUUUCCUCUAUUUCAAAAGGACGAGUAGUUUCCCUCCCACGCUCCCCAAUAGAGUAUUCAAAUUCUUCUUGCUCGAAAGAGAAAGGCGAGUUUCAGAAAAUUGGCUUCUCCCCUAACCUUCGCCAUUUCUCCCACAUUUUAUGCUUUGUGUAACAAAGAGAGGGAAUGGAGAAGAUCUGUGAAGAGCUGGACGAGGUCAAGGUGGAGAUAGAGAAGCUUAGAGAAGAAUGUCGAGCCAAAACCGAGCUCUGUGGAAGCCUGAGGAAGGGUCAAGAUGAUCUAGCAGCAAAGCUUCAAGAAGCUAGGUUGGAGAUUGAAAGACUGGCUGAGGAAAUGUGUGUAAAGUCGAAGGAGAUCUUCGAGGUUAGACAGAUUUAUGAGGGAAUAAAGUCCAAAUUGCAGGAAAAGGAAUCAUUUCUCCAGAAUCUUAAUUCUGCUCAUCAAAAGAUGAGAGAUGAUUACUGUGAGAAAAUUUUGGAGUUGGAGGGGGAGAAUAAAAAACUAGUGCUCGCUUUAGAUGAAGCAAUGGCUAAAAUUCAUGAGUUGGAGAAAAAGACUUGUGCCAGUGACAAGGAAAUCAACGCGCUCAAGGAAUCUUUAUCGGUUAGAAAGGUCAAGAGUGUUGAAGCUCAGCUGAAUCUUCAGGCAUCAAGAGAGCUCAUGGAGGCAAAUGAGAUCAUCCACAAGCUCGAGGAAGACAAUAGGAUCUCACAAGAGCAGCUGAAGUGGAAGAAUGAGCAGUUCACGCAUCUCGAAGAUGCUCACAGAAGUCUUCGCGAUGAUUUCCAGGCAAGUGAGGCUGAAUGGGGAAAGGAAAAAUCUGAACUUCUCGAAGAGAUUUCUUCAUUGCAGACGAGCUUGGCUUCCCACAUUAGAAUCUCACAGGAUCUUAAGACUCAGUUGAGGAUGUGCAACCAAGCUUUAGCUCAUGAGGAAAGCAGAAGAAAGGUUCUUGAAGUGGAAGUGUCUGACCUCAGAUCUCAAUGUGAUGGCAUCUUGUUAGAGCACCAAGAAACAAAAGCGCAGCUUGAAAAUCUGACACUCAAGAGAGAUGACGAAAUUGGAGAACUUCGGAACUUACUAAGAACAAAAGAAAUUCUAUUCAAGGAAAUGAAGUGCAGAACUUCACUGCUAGAGCAAGAGAAUCUGGAUUUACAUGCAUCUAUUAAGGAACUUCAACACACACAAUUCAGUGACGCUGCUGCAAGAUCUUCCACUAAAAAACUGCAAACCAGAUUGAAAUCUCUGGAAAAGUUGCACAAUGAGUGCUCUCUACAAUACAAGCAAAAGGAAGCUAAGUUCAGCUCUGACAUUGAAAAACUGACGGAAGAUAUGAAAGAAUGUGUGUCUGAGUUGAAUGUUAAAAAAACACGAAUUGAGAACUUAGAGAAGGACCUAGUGGACUGCCAUUGUUCAAUGUAUGUUCAAAAUGAAUAUGUUUCCAUAUUACUCCUUGUCUUAAAGUCAGAGUUUCAUUAUGCGGCCACUGGCAAGCAUCUCUCAUCAACUGGAAUGGCCGAAUCAGAGCUCCACAGCACGGAGAAAGACAAGAAAGUUAUCCUCCUUAAAGAGCAGUUGAAAUCGAUGGAAACUGCACACUUUGCAGUUUGUGAUGAUCUGGAAGAAAAAAGUGAAGAAACAAUGGUCCUCAAGGCAGAAGUCCAAAAGUUAAAAGAAACAAUGGAAGAAUCAUCUAAGUACAAGCUUUGGUUCAAUGAACAAAUGCAGCAAACUAAAAUUGCUCUCCAGGAAAAAGAACGUGCCUGUGAAGCUUUAGAAAAAGCUACCUUUGAUUUGGCCAAAAGAACGAGUGAACUCAGGGAAAGAGAACUUGAAGCAGAGAAGUGGAAGUCUGUGGCAGAGUUUCUGAAAACAGACCUUGAAAAUAACAAACUAGCCAGUGAAAAGGAGAGUAAGAGGCUUCUCGGCAUUCUAAAAGAACAAGAUUCCAAGGCAAGUGAUAUGCAAAAGAAGAUUUCUGAAUUGGAGUCUACGGCAAAAUCAAGAGCAGAUGCAGUGGAAAAAUUAAAGAAAGGAAAUGACCAGUUAAAGCAAGACUUGGCCAAUAGUGAACUGAAAAGUGAGAAUGCAAAAUCAGAUGCUCUUUUGGCUUUUGAGAAAGAAAAGCAGAGGCUUCUGCUGAUUCUGGAAGUGAGAGAUGAACAAAUACACAAUCUCACGGAACAGGCAAAAGGUCUGAAGAAAAAUUUAGCAGUUGCAGAAACUGUCAUCACACAAAAAGAUGAAUUCAUUAAUGAAACUUUGCAGAAGGCUGAAAGUUCAAAAACUACUGAGAUUGAAUCAAAAAACAAGGUAAUCGCUGAACUGGAAGCGAAGGUUAGCUCUCUGCUUCAGGUGCUUGAAAGUCAAGAAAAAUCGUUGUUGAAUUUGAAAGAGAAGGACGAAGAGCUUGAGGCUAUGUUGGAAGGCAGCAAGAUGGAACUAGAAGGACUGAAAAGUCAAUUCAGUUUGGAGCGGAUGAAGUUGGAGCUUAAAAAUGAGGAACUGGAGUCCGAAAAAACUGAUUUAGUGAAUCAAAUUAUGAACCAGUCACAUAAUUUGGAAGGUUUCUUACUCCAAAUGGAUGGAAUGUACACAAGGUUUGGCGAGUCUUUGGAAGACGUUGAACUCCAAGAAAAACUGCAGAAAAUGUUGAAGCAAUGUGAGGAUGAAGAUGGGGUUGAAACGGAUGAUAUACGUGCAGGUGAUAACCAUACCAGCAGAGCUGUAAAAUCGACAUUCUUACCCACUCAGAAAUGGCAUGGACAGCGCUCCGAUGAAAGGAUCCCUCUGAAGGAGCGGAACUAUUAGUGUGUGCCUUUUGUUUCUUUCCGUGUUUGAGCUAUGAGCAUUUGUUUUCCAUUGUAAUGAGAAAAAUCUUAUGACUUUUACUAAUGCAGGUUUCUACUAGUUCUUAUGGUAUAGAGAUUUCAUUCUUGUGAGAAAAUUCAUAUGGAACAUGACUUUUCUUAUAGCAGGUUCCUACCAGUUCUUAACAAUAAGCUCUUUUUUUGUUU